AUGCUUUCUGGUGUGGUUUUAAGUGACAAUUACACUCUUUGCUCAUUGGAUGUUGUGUCUCUCUUCACUAACAUCCCGGUAAAUUUAGCGCUUGAGGCUGUUGCUCGCAGGUGGAGAUUCAUUAAAAACAAUACCAAAAUUAGUCUCACAGAGUUUUUGUUAGCGGUAGAAUUUGUAUUGUCGUCCAUGUAUUUUAGUUUCAAUAACAUUAUUUACAGACAAACAUAUGGUACACCUAUGGGUUCUCCAUUAUCACCAAUCAUAGCAGAUAUUACACUUCAAGAUUUAGAACUAAAAGCUUUAAACACACUUAAAUUUAACAUUCCACUUUACUACAAAUACGUGGACGACAUUAUUUUAUCUUUUCCCAAAGACAAAUUAGAUGAUGUAUUGAAUUCAUUCAAUUCGAUUCACCAUAGACUCAAAUUUACACAUGAAUUACAGUCUAAUGAUCAAAUUAGUUUCUUGGAUUUGAGUGUAAUUCUGAGAAACAAUACAAUCAUUUGUGAUACCACAAAUCUAGUUUCUCAGGAAGGUACUUGA